CCCCCUUUCCCCAUCAUUCGUGAACCCCUCCCCCCUUUGGAGCAAAACCCUAGCCGCUUCUUCCUCAGGUUCCUUGCCGCCGCCUCCCCAGGUUAUCCGUUCUCGUCGCCUCCGCUUCUUCCUCUUCCCCAGAUCCGGAACCCAGGUAGCUCGGCCCGUCGUCCACUGGCUUCUCUCUUCGUGGCUUGGAGGUUGGAGCAGCUCGCCGUUUGCUGUCGUCUCACCUGUCGCCGUCGUCUCGUCUCUCGUCGGUUGCCGUCCGUGUCUCCGUCAAAGAUUCAUCCCUCGUCAUUAUCAUUGGCAUGAACUCCGAACCAAAACCCCAACUCUCUGGAUAAAAUUGUAACGAAAGCUGAUUGGGACUUUUUCUUCUACUUAAGUGAACUAGUGACUAACCCAGGUCAUCAAAGAAACCAAUGAACCAGUGAUCAAACCGCUUUAGUCAAAGAAACCCUAGCCGCCUAGCCCUCCAUCGUCGCCGCCUAACCCAGGUCCUCAGCGCCGCCGCUGUCCAGGUCCUCAGCACCGCCGAUUCUUCCUCCAUCGUUGCCGCCUAACCCAGGUCCUCCAUCGUCACCGCCUAACCCAGUAACUCGGCAGGUCCUCUUCGGCUCUUCAUCUUCGCUGGCUUCUCGGCACGGACCCAGGUUAGUGGCUUCUCGUCUUCAUCUUCACUGAGGGUUUCAGCUGUUUCAAGUUUGGUUCAGUCUUGGUUUCAACUGUUUCAAGUUUGGUUCCAUUUUUCUUCAAGUCUGCUUCGGUCUUGGUUUCAACUCUUUCAAGUUUGGUUCUGAAGGUCAAGCAGCAUCUGCUCUAAAUUCAGAUUCAAGUCUUCAAGCUAGACUCUUGGAUAAUAGCAGCCCCGAUCAACCUUUAGACUCAUCUGCUCACAGCACUGCUCAACAGUUAUCAGGAGGAAGGAAUUUAGCUGGUAAUGUAGCAACAGUGGCUGCUAGUGUUCCACAGCAUCAGCGUAUCGAUGGCAAUGGCGCACAGUGGCGGUGCAUCGAGCUCAGGGGUGAAGCAGCAGGUGAAAUUGGAGAAAGAAAGUGAGCUCCGGAUUGAGGUUGGAAACGAUGCUCCUCUUUGCCUUCGUCUUCUCAAUGGAAAUGCUGAGAUUUUCGGCACUGAGCUUGCACCCGAAAUUUGGCUCAACUUCCCUCCCCGACUCAAAUUCGCUGUUUUUACUUGGUAUGGUGCUACCAUUGAAAUGGAAGGUACUACUGAAACUGAUUAUACUGCUGAUGAGACACCAAUGGUUAGCUAUGUUAACGUGCAUGCUAUAUUAGAAGCCAGAAGAACUCGUGCUAAAGCUUCACCCUCUGGUGAUUCUGAAUCUUCUCAGGGGCCUAGAGUGAUUGUUGUAGGACCUACUGACUCCGGAAAGAGUACCUUGUCGAGGAUGCUUCUUAGCUGGGCGGCUAAGCAGGGUUCAAAGCCUACCUUCGUUGACUUGGAUAUUGGACAGGGAUCUAUAACGAUUCCUGGAUGCAUUGCUGCUACUCCAAUUGAAAUGCCCAUCGACCCUGUUGAAGGAAUUACUCUUGAGAUGCCUCUUGUUUACUUUUUUGGCCAUACAACUCCAAGUAACAAUGUAGAAUUGUAUAAAGUGCUAGUCAAGGAACUUGGGGGAAUGCUAGAGAGACAAUUUGCUGGAAAUGCCGAAUCUCGUGCUUCGGGCAUGGUGAUAAAUACCAUGGGGUGGAUAGAGGGAGUAGGCUAUGAUUUGCUGUUGCAUGCAAUUCGUACACUUAAGGCCAAUGUUGUCUUAGUUUUGGGUCAGGAAAAACUGUACAGCAUGCUCAGAGAUGUCCUGAAGGGAGAGCCCAAAGUUGAUGUUGUGAAACUUCAAAGAUCUGGUGGAGUUGUAUCCAGGAAUGUGAAGGUCCGCCAGAAGGCCAGAAGUUUUAGGAUAAGAGAGUACUUCUAUGGCCUUCUUAAUGAUCUCUCUCCACAUUCUAAUAUUGCUAAUUUUAGUGACUUGUGCGUCUAUCGGAUUGGUGGUGGGCCACAGGCUCCUCGCUCAGCCUUGCCAAUCGGAGCAGAACCUGUUGCUGACCCAACAAGAGUUGUUCCUGUGAAUAUAAACCGUGAUUUGCUCCACAUGGUCCUUGCAGUCUCAUUUGCCAAGGAACCCGAAGAGAUCAUUUCAAGCAACGUUGCUGGCUUUAUCUACGUAACAGAUGUUGACAUUCAGAGAAAGAAGAUAACUUACCUUGCACCAUCCGCUGGAGAUCUUCCAAGCAAGUUUUUGAUACUGGGAUCCUUGACGUGGCUUGAGACAUGACCUAAUUAACAGUUUUGUGAUAGGAAAAUAUGUAGUGCUGUUGAUAUUUUUUUUUUGAUAUCUUGAUUAGUGAAAAUAUAUAGUGCUUAGGAACAAACUUUGUCUUGAGAUUAUUUUGAUUUAUCAAAGCGAUGGUGGAUUGAAGUGUUUAAGAAAAUCAUUGACCAUUGCGUUAAUGGUGAAAAAGAAGCAUGCAAAUUAAACUCAUUUCAAAAGGAUUUUACUUUUUCAAGGACU